AUGCACGCGUGUGAGAGGGACGACCCCGAUCACCACCCAAACGAAGACCGUGCGCCCAUGUCAUGUGGCCCUGCUGGGAGUAGCGAUUACCGGGGUCAGGCCAUGUAUGGUGACCCGACCUCUUUGGAUAUGAUGGGUCUGCUGCCCAGGGGGUCGUUGAGAGCUGAUGCAAACGCUUGUGCCGCAGACUCUAGCUCCGGGUGGAGACUUUUUGGUCUGCCAAUUGCUUCUAGCACCCUCUCCGGCACGGCGUCGUGCCAUGAAAUGUUGCGUGGGCCCAGUGUGCAACGUGCAACCGAAUCACACACGGCCAUUGUGACAGACUUCAGCAACAGCGUCCCUUGCCCUUUGCUGACAGCUAGCGUGCAUGAAAUGACGGUCGGGGAACCGCCUUUGAGUGAUGUCACUGUUUUGGGCGAUGACGUUAAGGCGAGUUACUGGAAGCAACUUGCUGCCACGAACGCAGAAGAAAAGCUGGACUCAACAGUGUCUGCUCAUGUGGCGCCAUGCGCCUCACCCGGGGUGAAUGUGGGACGCGCACCAUCACAGCCACCCCAAUCAACAGCACCAGAAGCGGUGUUGUCAGUCUUGCAGUGUGAGUCUGUUAAGGCGAGUUCAAUGAAAAGUGUGGAGCAUGAUGCUUCAAAAUUGUCUAUUAGUGACUCUCAUGAGGAAAAUUUUUUGUGCCUGCAUGAUGUUCUAAAGGGAUCUGCCUUGGCGAUGUCUUCACCUUCUGCUGAAGAGGUACUACAACCGCAGCGAACAGCCCCAGUGCCUUCCACGAAGGCUACACAGAGGAUGGACAUCUCACGACACCGAAAACAUGGCCUUUUUGGUCUUUUUGGUCUUUUUGGCACCAUGGACAGGGGAUACUUUGAGGCAUUCAUUCGCGUGUUUAGACGAAAUCAAAUAUUGUUGGAGGGGUUUCUUGAGCGUGUGCUGCAGUCCAAGCCAGACCUUUACAUCGCGGAAAUUGGCAUCCUGGAUAUCUUGAGACUAGAGCAAGGGGCGCCAGACGAUCAAUUUUUUAUGGAUCCGCUCAUAUCGUGGCCCACGCAUGUGUUGUACAAAGUGUCGUGUUUUUACGUUACGGCAAAGAAGUGUGGGUACCAUAAUACCUUUGAAGCCAUGCGCCGGCAAGGUGGCGUGUUUGCCAGUGGCAAGGGUCUUUUUGCGGCGCUGGCAGUUGCAAUGUCACCAACAGAAGAAGAAUUGAUACAUCAUACCGCGCAAAUGUGCCAAGCAGCCUGUAUUGUCGGUCUGGUGUAUAGCAAAUUUGAGAAGCAGCUUCAUGUGCAGGUUAAACAAUGUGCACUGCGCAGCUUCUCACUCGUGCUUGCUAACAUUUCAACGAUAUCUCUGCAGCUGCUUCUUGACGAGGUGAAUACGCUAAAUUUUAGGCCAAAAAGCAGGGAUGGUGGCUGCGGCGACAACACGUCCCACGGUAUUCCCAUGUCAAGGUUGGUGCUGGCGCGAGUUAUUAGCUCUCACUCUGCAAUUGUAUGCGGUCACCCUUUGGACUUGGAACGGUUGAGCACCCUGCUUCUUCGCUAUGCUGACGCCACAGGGGUGCUGGUCCAAAUGGAAUACUUGCUGACCACAGUACCGGAGAAUAGUCCUUUUUACAACACAUGGCAACACCUAGAACUGCUGCAGCUGUGGAAGGAGAGUGCCGUGGAGUUGGAUGCCGCCAAGCUUCAACUAACCCUGUACUCUCCUGUAGAUGGGCAGCCUUGGAAUGAAUUUACUACAUGUGCUCUGGCUGACCGUGUCGCCGUGGCAGUGACAUAUGCGUUGCAAGAUUUAACGUGUUCUCUUCAGCACAUGCGUUCUGGCGACGUCCUACUCGAUUUCUCGGCGGCUGCUCCAUGCAUGAGUCAACUCAUUGCCUGGACGCGGAAGAAUAUUACGAUGUUGUUGCAACCCGCCGAUUGUGUUAGUAGCUGUAUUUUUCCUUCCCCACGUAGAAGUCCUGAGGACGGCGUUCUUUGCUCCACCCUUGCGGGCUGCGCACGCAUUAAUACGAUUAUGCAGAGCAUGCAGUGGGAGGGGAAACCGCGUCAAGCUCGCGUUUUGGAUCUGACCAUGAACUUCGUUGACCUUGGGCUAUUAGUAAGUGCUGAGGAGCUUUCGAAGGCGUCUGCCGGCCCCCACUUGAAGUGCCGUGCGGGCGAGAGAAAAUUACCCCGCACCUCCACUAUAAGAAGCCCCCAACGUGGGACGUUGAUGGAUGUUGUACUUGGCCCUGGUGAAGACGUGGAACUGAGCGCAGAAAACGAUGCCUUGUUUUCUGCGCUUGGUGUUUCGAGCGCGGCUGCCGCGGCUAUGCCUAAACAUUAUAUUACCCUGCCCCAUGAAAAACUUCCCGGUGUCUUGGACAUUUAUUACGAGUCGCCUGCGAUCCGGUACUACGAAAUGCAGUGCAACUGCUUUUUAACACGAGGUGCAGUGGAGUUUACACGCCGGUUGUCGCUUUGCACGGGGAUUGCGUUACCUCCCCACACGCUGCUGAUGUGCCCUACCUUGCUGUCUCUUAUGGAGCUCUUAGACACGUACGCUUUUUUGAGACACAAGGCGCGUUACGAGGAGUAG